AUGGUAAUUAGCGCGGCUUCCGACGCGGUGAAAUGCAGGAUGUUCCCGUCGACGUUUAAAGGCACAACCAUGGCUUGGUUUACGACUCUACCUCGGGGAUCUAUUACAAAUUUUUGCGACUUCUCAUCGAAGUUCCUCGUUCAAUUCUCUGCGAGCAAAACCAAGCAGGUUACCAUCGAUGAUCUGUACAACGUCCGCCAAUCAGAGGGCGAAACUUUGAAACAAUAUGUGAAGCGAUUCAGUGUAGCGUCUAUUAAGAUUGAGGAGUCGGAACCAUAUGCUUGCGCGCACGCUUUCAAGAACGGACUGCAGCCGGGAAAGCUGAACAGUAAGUUGAGCCGUAAGCCGGCUCGGUCGAUGGCAGAAAUUCGAGCGCAGGCGAACACCUACAUCUUGGAUGAGGAGGAUGAUGCUUUCAAAAAGAAGCGUGCAAAGAUGGAGAAGGAUGGCGAUCAGAGGGACGCAUCUUCAGAAGGAAAACAAAGUAAGGAGAAAGGGGAAGGCAGUAAGCGGCGAGACAGGAAAGUAAAGCCAGGGGAGAAAGUCGUGAAGGAGCCGUUGUAUCCUAGGAAGGAAAGUUUCGAGCGCCGGCGCCUGUGGCAUCAAGCCGAUUCUCGCCGGCGAGAGGAGUCGGGAAAAAGUCUAAGUGCACAUUUGGCAGAGCUACUUCGGGAGGUCAAGGCAACGCAUGCAGUUGAAGAGGGCGAGAAGGAGGCAAACCCGCCUCGGGCGGCGGUGGACAAGACAAAGUGGUGCGAGUACCAUCGCUCGGUGGGUCAUGACACUGGAGAUUGUUUCACAUUGAAAACGAGAUUGAAAGACUAA